CUCUGACUUAAAUUUACGAACACGAAGGCAGAAACACUAUAUUUACACCUUGUUCGCUUUCCUCCUCCACCACCACCACCACGAAUCACCGCUACCACUGCCGGCGAGCUCGGCUCCCAGCUUGGCGAGUCAAUGCCUGCACAGAAGCGUUCGCGCGAGGCAUCUCCGCCGCCCACGACGGAGGAGGAGGAGGAGAAGGACGACGAUUUGCACCCCGAGAAUCAGAAUCAGAACGACGAAGAAGCCGAUGAAGGAGAUGAUUCGGAUGAAAGUUCUUCUUCAAGUGAUGCCGAGAAAGACGAAUUUAUCACUCUGAGGUUAUCAGAAAUACGCAAAGAAGUGCAAUGUCCAAUAUGUUUAGGCAUUAUUCGAAAGACAAGAACGGUUAUGGAAUGCUUACACCGUUUUUGCAGAGAAUGCAUUGACAAGUCUAUGCGAAUGGGGAACAAUGAAUGUCCUGCUUGUCGCACACACUGUGCUAGUCGCCGUUCUUUGAGGGAUGAUCCAAACUAUGAUGCCCUAAUAGCAAUAUUAUAUCCAGAUAUUGAUAAAUAUGAGGAAGAGGAAUUGGCUUUUCAUGAAGAGGAGAUGGUUCGUAAUAAGCAGCAGAUUCAAGCUUCAAUUGCCCAGACACUUAGACGGCAAACAGAAGCACUGGGGAGAAAAAGGACAUCAAGAGCAACUCCACCAGCAUUUAUAAGGAGAUCUGGCAACAGAAACUUAAGGAGACGGAGAAACCAACGAAUCGAGCCUCAAGGAUCUGAUGACGAUGAGGAUGCCAAUGGUCAUGAUGACAAAGAUUCGUCUUCUGGUGAUGAUCACAGUGCAGAGGUCAAACCAAAAAGGCCUAAAAGAUUGGGGGGUCGAUUUUCCCAAGGCUCAACAGCUGGGAGUGCCAAUGCAGGCUGUGAUGAAAAUGAUUCAGAAAUGAACAGAGAGUCACUUGGUGCAACAGCUCUUAUUGGCAGCUCAGAAAUUCUUGCCUGGGGAAAGGGUGGCAUGCGAAGUCAAAAGACUCAAAAUAGGUAUAGCAGUCUUGGUGGUCGUAAUGGCAGGCUUUGCAGGAGUAGCAGAGUCUCAAAGCUGAUUGAAUCUCUUCAACAUUCAAAUGAAAAUGAUGCUAAGGUUGAUAUUGGUCUGAUGCUUGUCUCCUUGUGCGAGGAAGAUAUUCCAAGUUUGCAGCGACCAUACCUUUGCUGCAGGCCCACUUUGACAGUCAAACAUUUGAUCCAAUAUGUCUCGCUGCAGACCUCAAUCCAAGCCGAUGAAAUUGACAUGUUGGUAAUGAAAGAGCCUCCUCCUACUGAUAAACCUUCAAGCUCAGAGGCUGUUCCCAUCACCAAAUCAGUCGCAGGGGUGCCUUGCAACAGCGAAUUCGACAAGUUACAAGAACACCAGACAUUGGAAGAAAUCCAACCGAGCUGUGGCUUUAGUCAAUGUAACCUGCUUCUGGCAUACCGGCGAAAGCCAAAGGAGUAGAGGCGGUGGUGAUGAAGGGAAUGACAAAUGACAAACGACAAACGACGUGGUUCGUGUAACUUGCUGUGCACAGAUAUUUGGCAAUUUGAAUUUAGUGAAAUCCAGAGAUUUAGCUGUUUAACCAAGUGGGAAGGUCAGUUAAUCCUUUGUAUUGUAUCUAUACAUCUAUGAAGGUGCGAUCUAUAUAUAGCCCGAUGAAAACAACACUAACGCAUUGACUAGCUGCUCCUGUAUGUUAUAAACAUUUCUUUUUCUGAGAUACCAAUGAUACUAGGUUAAACUGUUAGAAGUAUAUGCACCCUUUUACCCCCCCAAGAUUCCUUCUGUAUGAAAUAUCCUACAUAUUUACUCUUAGGUUAAAGUUUGUUACUGUGGGGGAUGUUAUUAUUCAUUUUGUGUCUAGUA